AUGUCACGAAUGUGCAGUUCUUUCAACCGAGUCCAAAAGCACCGAAUGAUCGCUCAACUCUUAAAAGAAGCAGAGACAGCAUUCAAGAAGAUUAUCGACCUACAGCAGGACAUGGGUUAUAAAAUAACAUACAGUAUUUUUUCCCCUAAGGCCAAACAAACCCGAUUCAUUCAGAAAUCUUUUUCAAAAGAUUUCCCUAAUGGGAAAGCUGUCGAAAAGCACUCACAGGAGACAUGCUAUGACGAAGAUCAUUCUCCCCCUAAAAAGCAGAAGACGAGCACUGCUCCAGCAAAAGUCCCAACCUCGACCCCCAUACCAGCCACCUCAACAAUCCAACUGAAUCAAGAUCAUUAUGAUCUUGAAUUAGUUCCCGGCCUCUCGCCACAGACACCUCCAGAUAGCAUGGUUCGGCUUGCAAAAAGUGCCUUACAAUCACAACCACAAGCCACUCAGAAUGAAGCGAUCGAUCAGCUCGAUCGGCCACUCAUUCCGCGAGGAACGGUAGUAGUAGGCCACGAGAAUCUUCUCCACGAUGAAGAAUUCGCAGGGCUCCUCGAUUUAAUCAUGGAAAGCUUCAAUUUCCGAUUCCCUAUACACAUUACAAAAUCAGUACGGGAUAAGGUGAAGCUGAUCAAUGUCGAUCGAAUCGAGGAGCUUCCAGUAAUCAGAUCUCCACGAACAUGGAAACAGUUUGCAUCCAGUGAUCUUGGGUACAUCUAUCUCCAAAUCUUAUGCACAAAUCUCAGCCAGUACUUUGUUCUGGGACCGGUGACAUUCGAGAAAAAGUUCAACGCGGCUAUAUUAGGCUUAUUCAUCGAAAGGUACACUCUCUUGGUCGAUGCAAUGAACAACGGCUAUAAAGCAUUUUCCCUUGACAAAAAUCAGGAAAAGCAAUGGAUAAGAAAAAAUCCUUUUGCUAUUUCAAAUUUUAUUCGACCAAAAGAACCUAUUCCAGAUGAUAAGCCUCUUACCGAUGAGGAGAAACAGCAAGUUCAGCUUGUUGUUGACAAAAUGCGCGAACAGGCUCCAACCCAUUACGCUCAGAGUAAUAAUCUGAGGAAAGCACUAGCCGAACUCGGAAUGCCAGGCUGGAGCAACUAUUCGCGAGUAUUCAGGCUUCUUGCGAAAGAUGGCUACUCAUUUGAGCGUUUUGGAAAAGCCAAGCCCGAACUCUCGAAAGAAGCGAAGCAGAAGCGGCUGGCCUUCUGCAAAUGGCUGCUGGAAGAGGUAGAGAGAACACCCGAUUUCCUGCAACAGUUGUUGCAUACGGAUGAAUGCUCAAUUUCGAUGCGUGAAGAGAAAUUUGGCCGAAAUCUCGGCUGGUGGGUAAAAGACAACGAGGCUCCUCCUCAACAUUUGCUGAGCUUCAGCAAAAAGUUUAACGCAAAAAUAAUGAUCGCUUGUUGUAUCGGACACAAUAUAAAGCUUUCAUUACGCGUUUUUGUUGAGGAGCAAGCAAAUGGGAAACUCAAGUCUAUUAAAGAGAAUAGUCUUGGGUACCAGAAGAUCUGUCUCGAGCCUUGGUACGAGGACCUCGCGGCCCAUGGACACAUACAUAUCCGUGAGGAUGGAACCAGCGAGCUCGUCGGUCGCGUCUACGUACAAGACGGAGCUCGCUCGCAUACUUCCGCAAGUAGUCUGGAGUUCCUCGAUGCCCAUUUCUCGUUAGAUCGGUGCAUCACCGGCGUCGCGUGCGGAGAAAUACAGGGACAGGCACAUCGGGAGAAGAGAAUGCAUGAGUGGCCACCCCAUAGCCCCGACCUUAAUCCCCUCGAUUUCAGCCUUUGGGCACAUUUGAAAUCAAAAGUUCGUGAAGAGCUUGGGAGAAAUAAGAAGUUGUAUUUUGACUCGUUAGAGCACGCGCGAGAAGUCAUAAAUCUCGUGUGGAGUCAGAUUGACCAGUCCAAAAUCAAUAACAUGUGUCAAAAACUUCUUGACAAGGCUAAACAGGUGGUUCAUUUAGAGGGUGGAACAACAGAAGGCUACAAGGCGAACCGUGGCUCUUUGUCGGUUCGGAAUCCUCAAGCCUGA